UGUCUGUGCAACAGCGCCGUGCGCGAAUCCGUGUCGUGGAGGAACUGGACUUCGGCGGAACGUAUCGGUUUGCUGAUUUCUGCGCGGAUCCAGUUUAUAGGUUGGCAUUUUGAAAGGAAUGAGACACUAGCAGCAGGACGGGACACUCCUCGACCUCGGCACUCGAACCCACAACCUCCCGGUCGGUUACAGCCCGCCCAGUCAGUCAGGAUGCCGGCCUUUCACCAGGUGGGCGAGAAGCAGCUGCCCAACGCGGUUCUCUUCAUGGCCUGGUCUCCCAAGAGGGACCUCAUAGCGCUGGCCAACAAGGCCGGGGAGCUGCUGCUGCACCGACUGGCGAACUUCCAGCGCGUGUGGAGCUUGGCGCCCAACGAGAACACGGGGAAGGAGGUCACGGCUCUCGCCUGGAGGCCCGACGGAAAGAUCUUGUCCUUCAGCCUGGCCGACACGCGGAAGGUGGUUCUCUGCGACGCUGAGAAGGCGGAGAUCCUGCACCUCUUCCCUGUGGAGAAUGCAGUGAGCUGCAUGCAGUGGAUGGAUGUGCUGGAAGAGAGCAGCCUCCUGACAUCUUUCUACAACGCGGAAGACGAGUCCAGCCUGUUCCUGCCAAAGCUGCCCACGCUUCCGAAGAGCUACAGCACCACCUCGAAGAUAUUCAGCGAGGACAAGUCUGACGAGGUCAUGAACCUGCUGGGCGAAGCACGGCUCAACAUCCUGGUGCUGGGGGGGCACUCUGGCUUCAUGGAGCUGUAUGCAUAUGGGAUGUACAGGAUUGCCACGGUUACUGGGGUCCCCGGCACCUGCCGCAGCCUCUGCCUCUCCAGUGACCUCAGGUCUCUAUCUGUUGUCACGGAGGUCCGGUCCGCUGAUGAGGAGCCUGAGAUCAACUACAUCCAGCUGGACACGGCUUUGCUUUCGGACUGUCUCCCCGAAGUCACCAGGAUGGCGCGAAAGUUCACCCACAUUUCCACGCUGCUACAGUACCUGCGGCUCUCGCUCACCUGCAUGUGUGAGGCCUGGGAGGACAUCCUGAUGCAGAUGGACCUGCGGCUCACCAAGUUCGUCCAGGAGAAGAACACGAGCACCCAGGUGCAGGAUGAGUUUCUGGAGCUGCUCCUCUGGGGGAAGUCCAGCCCGGAGCUUCAGGCUCUGCUGAUGACCCAGCUGACGGUGAAGGGCCUCAAGAAGCUUGGUCAGUCCAUCGAGUCAUCCUACUCGAGCAUCCAGAAGCUGGUCAUCAGUCAUCUGCAGAGUGGGUCCGAAGCCCUGUUGUACCACCUCAGCGAGGUGAAGGGGAUGUCUCUCUGGAAGCAGAAGUUUGAGCCCCUUGGACUGGAUGCCGCCGCCAUUGAAGAUGCCAUCACAGCAGUGGGGUCCUUCACAUUGAAGGCCAGCGAGCUGCUCCAGGUCAUAGACAAGAGUAUGAAGAACUUUAAGGCGUUCUUCCGGUGGCUCUACGUAGCGAUGCUGCGCAUGUCUGAGGACCAUGUCCCUCCAGAGCUCAACAAGAUGACCCAGAAAGACAUUGCGUUUGUUGCAGACUUCCUGGCAGAGCAUUUCAGUGAGAAUGAAGAGCUCUUUGACCGAAAAGGGAAGUACUUCAAUGUGGAGCGAGUGGGUCAGUACCUGAAGGAUGAAGAUGAGGACCUGGUGUCCCCACCCAACACCAAGGGGAACCAGUGGCUUAACUUCUUGCAGGAGAGCACCCAUCUGAAAGAGUCCCCUCUGCUGUUCCCCUCGUUCCCCCAGAAGUCCUUGCACUACGUGAAGAGGAUGAUGGAGGGAGCUAUAGAGUUAUGUCUUCAGAACCCUGCAGAAGUUAUUGGCAGGUCUGUGAAGCAGGCUUUCCGUGCAGCACUCUUCUACACCACACACAAGGCAGAGAACACACCUGGACUCUUUGAGCUGCCGUCACUGUGGAAUGACAAGAAGGGCUCCAUGCACUACAUGGUGUUUGUCAUGCCGCAGGUGUCUCCCUGCCUUCUCUACCUCAUGAGGAGGCACACGGACCCACACAGGCCUGUCCCCAAUGGCCUCCUGGCGAUCGACUUGAGCUCCCUCCUGCACGACAGCAUCAGUUCCUCCUCUGAAGAUCUUAGGUACAGUUGCCUGGAUGCACGCAUCUAUGAUGAUGAGACGUUGACCGUUGUGCUGCAACAGGUGGAUGAAGAGGAGGGCAAUGGGCGUGUUUUAGCCCAACUGCCUCUGGGCUCUGCCCUCAGUUGCGAGGAGCCAUUCACGUGGGACCCUACCCAGAGGCUGGAGCAGCAGGCUAGCAGUGUCCCGGCCCAGGUGGUGCUUCUGGAGAACCAGUGGAGAUUGCUGGAAAACAUGAAGGCUCAAUAUGUGGCUGUGAACGGCGUCCGCAGGGUGGCAUGUGUGCUGAGCUCCAACCUGCGGCAUGUGCGUGUCUUCGAGAUGGACGUGGAGGAUGAGGAGGACGACGAAAGGCUCGAGUCUCCCGAGGCCAGUGCUGAGCAGGAACAGCUGGAUGAGUCGCUGGCCAGCCAAGGGGAUGAGGGCCUGGAGGCAGAGGUCGCUGCAGGAGAGGCCCUGGAACUUCCAGAGGAGCAGGAACCCACUGUGAAUGCACUGUGAGCCAGCAUGUAGUGCCAUCCAGUCAAAGUAGACAGAGCUCUCAUCUCUCUUCAUCAAAUGACUGCUUUGACGUAUGCUAUGGUCUUCAUUCGGGGGCGGAGCUUCCAACACGGGUGCCUGUGGAUCAGAGCUAUUGUUCAUUGUCUUCACACAUCUUUCACAGGUGACCUUUCAGCUUGGGCUUUCACAGUAAGACUCUGUUGUCAUCCUCCACUCCCAGCUGUUGUCUUAUCCCUAGAAAAAUAAACUUUUUGCUGUCUGCAUCUGAGGGUUUUGCAUGGUACUGGGUGAAGGACUCUGUCCGUACGAACACAGGUAUGUGAAAUGUGAAAACGGCUCCUUCAGCGUACCGCACACCUUCACUCAUUU